GGCAAUGGCGGCGGAUCGCACGAAGGCGUUCGGAGCUGUACGAACGUCCCGCUCUGCGCGGGAUGGCCUGGACAAAAGCAUCACGCUGCCGCCCGACGAGAUCUUCCGCAACCUGGAGAAUGCCAAGAGCUUCGCCAUCGACAUAGGUGGCUCCUUGACAAAGCUGGCCUACUAUUCAACAGUGCAGCACAAGGUUGCAAAAGUGCGAUCCUUCGAUCAUUAUGGUAAAGUCCCCGAUGAUGAACCAUUGUACGAGAUCUCUGUUCAGGAAGAGAUCACUGCCCGACUUCAUUUUGUUAAAUUUGAAAAUGCAUAUAUAGAAACGUGUCUGGACUUCAUCAAAGCACACCUGGUGAACACGGAGACCAAAGUGAUUAAAGCCACAGGAGGUGGUGCUCACAAGUUCAAGAAUCUCAUUGAGAAAAAGCUGGGACUAAAGGUGGAUAAGGAAGACGAAAUGACUUGCCUAAUAAAAGGUUGCAACUUUGUGCUGCGAAAUAUUCCACAUGAGGCUUUUGUGUAUGUGAAGCAUGCAGAUCCUGAAUUCCGCUUUCAGACAACACACCCAGAUAUCUUUCCCUACCUGCUGGUGAACAUUGGGUCAGGAGUAUCUAUAGUUAGGGUGGAAUCUGAAGACCAAUUUGAACGGAUUGGAGGAAGCUCAAUAGGAGGUGGUACGUUCUGGGGGCUCGGAGCAUUGCUCACAAAAACAAAGCGAUUUGAUGAAUUAUUGCAACUGGCAUCCAAAGGACAGCACACAAAUGUGGAUAUGUUAGUUCGUGACAUUUAUGGAGGGGCAUAUGAAUCCUUUGGGCUGACUGGGGAUCUUAUUGCCAGUAGCUUUGGAAAAUCUGCCACUACUGAUAAAGAGUUCACCAAAGAAGAUAUGGCAAAGAGUUUACUCCACAUGAUCAGCAAUGACAUUGGCCAGCUGGCCUGCUUGUAUGCCAAGCUUCACAACCUCAGCCGAGUCUACUUUGGUGGUUUCUUUAUCCGUGGCCACCCUGUUACUAUGCACACGAUUACCUACAGCAUCAACUACUUUACAAAGGGUGAAGUUCAGGCACUCUUUUUAAGACAUGAAGGAUACCUUGGUGCCAUUGGGGCUUUUCUAAAGGGAGCAGAAGAGGACAAUCCAAAUCAGUAUAGCUGGGGAGAGAACUAUGCUGGUAGUUCAGGCUUAAUGAACACUUCUCCUGAUGUGCAUCCAUUGCAGCGAACACGAAGUGGAACGUUUGACAUGUUGGAGAUGGACAGACUGGAACGGCAACUGGUGAACCUUCCUCUCCUCCUUGAUGCGUCAUCAUAUGUCCCAGAUACAGUUGAUCUCACAGAAGAUGCCAUGGCAAGGGAAUAUUGGCUGAGCUGCUUUGAGGAUGCUUUAGACGGUGUAGUAAAGCGAGCUGUUGCUAGCCAACCACAGUCACUGGAUGCUGCAGAACGAGCAGAGAAAUUCCGGCAGAAAUACAGGCACAAACUUCAGACACUGAGGCACCAACCAUUUGCAUACGGAUCCCUAACAGUCAGAAGCUUGUUGGACACACGGGAGCACUGUCUGAAUGAAUUCAACUUUCCAGAUCCUUACUCAAAAGUGAAACAGAGAGAGAAUGACAUAGCAUUGAAGCAUUUUCAGAAAGUUGUGCAGGCGUUGGAGUCACUCAGCAUGGAGGAGCGGCAGUUUGCACUAGUGAAAGGUCUCCUGGCAGGGAAUGUCUUUGACUGGGGAGCCAAAGCUGUUUCAGAUGUCCUUGAAACAAAUUCAGCAUUUGGCUUUGAAGAAGCAAAAAAACGCUUACAAGCACGCCCAUGGCUGGUGGAUGCAUAUAAUGACUGGUUAGAGCGUCUUAAGGGUCCUCCUCACAAAUGUGCCUUAUUUUUCGUAGAUAAUAGUGGAAUAGACAUAAUUCUUGGAGUCUUCCCAUUUGUCAGGGAGCUGCUGUCAAAAGGCACAGAGGUCAUUUUAGCCAGUAACUCAGGACCAGCAUUAAAUGAUGUUACCUGCAGUGAGUUGGCAAUAGUUACAGAGAGGAUUGCAGCGAUGGAUUCAGUCAUCAGGAAAGCUUUACAGGAAGAUAAACUGUUGUUAGUUCAGAGUGGCUCAAGUUCACCUUGUCUAGAUCUGAGUCGACUGGACAAAGGGCUGGCAACAGUGGUCUGGGAGAGGAAGACUGACCUGGUGAUCAUCGAAGGCAUGGGUCGAGCUAUUCACACAAACUAUUACGCUGCAUUACGUUGUGAAAGCCUCAAACUCGCUGUCAUCAAGAAUGCCUGGUUGGCAGAGCGACUUGGUGGGAGAAUCUUCAGUGUUGUUUUUAAAUACGAGAUGCCUCCAAAGUGAUGGGGAGGACUUGAUGAGGAAGGAUGUGACAUUGCACUGGCACUGAGAUGUCCCCUGUGGAAUGUAAUUGUAUUUUUUUUUCCUGUGACUAUAUAAUUGAAUUUGAGAAAAAUGCCAAUAUGGAUCAGCAAAGCUUUUGUGUCAGAAGCAAUAAUAUAUAUUAUAUAUGUACAGCAACCAUAUCCUUGUUUUAAACAAACACUUAUUGUAUAGACACAGUAUUUGUGGAAACGAACAAUUAUCUUGCUUUUGGUCACUCAAGACAAUCAGGUGAAGUGUUAUCUCUUUCGUUAGCAGUUUCCUUUGAAGAGGUAGUGUGGUCUGCAGAUGCUAGUGUUUCCUUUUAAGUGCCAAUAAAAUGUAAUGGCGUGUGAGGGAUAUUUUAACACCAUACCCACUUGAAACUGAACAGUUGGCAGCACAAUUACAAAUGUACUUCAACCUUGAAUCAUGUUUGAAAAGAGCAACUGAAGCUAUAUUGGUGGGUAUAGGUUUUUGUGAGUAUCGCACGAGGGAUAUAGUGGUGGUGGAUGUUGUUCUGUUACUGUAGCACAGUACUGGAGUGCAAAUCUAUCGCUGCAGUACUGGUGAGUACAGGUCUGCCAUUAUAUAACCAGUGAACUGCUGUUGAAACAUCAUCACUGUGUUAAACUAGGAAAACCUAUCAACCAACUUACACAUUGAAAGCUCCGAUAAACAGCAAUGAGAUAAAUACUAGAUGGCAUGUUUUUGCAGUGUUGAGGGAUAAAUGGUAGUCAUGAUACCAUAGAACACUUGCCCGUGCCUCUUGGAGGUAACAGCAUAAAAUCUUUCACUUCCACCUAAGAUAGCAAUUUAAUGUCUCAUCCAAAAUGUAGCACUCUGACAGUGUAGAACACUUACACCCAGUGUAGUACUAUAUCAGCCUGGACUUUUCAUAAAUAAUUUGGUGUUUGUCUUGAAACUAGACCUAAUGGAUUGGAGAUCCAAAAGCACACAAUGAUCAAUAUGGGUGCAACCAUUUAUGAUUUGAAACAGUCAACUUAAGUCUCUAAAAACAGGGUCUUCAAAGCUUUAAAUCUAAAACAUGUUUUGGACUGAAGUGUCAACUGAUCACAGCGCCUGCUUUUUGCAGGAGUAACCAUUGACCAGGAGGUUUCAGUAUUUGAAUUUUUCUUGAUUUAAGAUGUAAAUGAUGUACUGUUCUGAAAGGCUUGUCAUGCUUUAUAAGUAUUACAUUUAUAUGUUGUCCAUUUUUACAUUUCAAAAUAAGCAUGCUCAGUGCAAGAGUUUUGCCUCCAUGGUUUUAAAAUCUGCUAAUUUAGAUGGAGGUCGAAAUUUUGAGCAGUGUUUGUCCCAACGUGUAUUCUAAUUGAAAUUGUUCAUGGCUAGUUGUUGCAUAUCUCAUUUGGUGGAAUGACUUUAUCUUCGUGAUUGAAGUGUCAUGGAAUCUCCAAUGCUAACUCUUCAAAAGAUCAUUUCAGUUAGUUAUACACUCUUGGUUUUCUCUGUAGCCCACAAGUUUUUUCAAAUAUUUGUCUGUUUCCCCUUUGAAAGUUACCAAAGUAUCUGCUUCUGCUAUCUUUUCAGGCAUUGCACAAGCAAUGUCAGCCAGAGUGAGCUUGGGGAGCAGGAGGGCGAAAGGAAGUGAGACCACUUCAUUUGUUGUAUUGCAAAUGUGGGAACUUCUAUGGUAACAGUAGUGAGUUAGUAAUCGCAUAAGCUUGAAGUACCUCCGAGCAGUUUUGCAUGAAUAUCCAAGACAUGAUUGUGGAGUAGGUUUGCAUACGAAUUCUAUCACUAUAAUUAUUUUAAAAAUCUUUCUAGAGAACUCAAAAUUGCUGCCUGACAGUGCAGUGUAUCUGCAGCAUCUUAGCAGUUGACCAUUCCUUAUGAAUAUGCCUAGAUGAUGCCCCUCACCACAGUGUUUGAACGUGGAAAAUACUGCAGAGUGCUUCAUCCUAUUCUUGUUUGACAUUUAUGCACUCAGAUAUUUUAGUAGUCGGGUUGCCAUGUAGUCAUCAUGAGUAGGAAUCGUAGCUGGUUUUCUUGCAGUUGUAUCCUGGGGGGAGCUGUGACCAGUUGUUUGGCUUGUAUUGCUACCCUGACUGAGAUCAAUUCAUUAAACAGAUCAAUCUCUAACUUUUCCUGAUUUCUGUGGCUGUGUUGCAACUGGCACAACCAGACCACUGAAGGAGUUUUAAUUUUAAGUGGAGAAAUUAAUUUAUGAAAUUCUAAUCAUGCCUUUUUAAUGUAGAACCAGCAUCUUGACCCACUAAAAUUAUAUUCUUGUUGGCUGCAUAUAGUGACAACAUAACCUCAGGCCAAAAUGAGAUGUUAAUGUAAUAUCCCUGUAUGUCAUAUCUGGAGGCUGCACUGCUAAAAUGACUAGGAUUGAUUUUAUGCACACAGUUAAUUAUUUCAUUAUCCUUCACUUAGCAAGAGAAACAGUCCUGCUCUCUCCGGCCGCUUAUUUGCUGUAGUUUCAAACAUAAGUUAAGAAAUUUGUGAAUUGUAAUCUCAGAUCCUGACCCACACCAACUCAUUGGUUGACACAGUGGUAUCAACAUUCAUGGUUUCUUUUUUAAUCCCCCAGCUAACAAUACCUGCAAUUCUUUUUUGUUUUUCCACAAUCUUUUUACUCUAAUGUAUGAUAAAUAUUUUAACAUUGCCCUGUUACAAUUUAUACUGUUUACUGUGAGGCUGUGCAAGAAAACGGCUUAGAGAAAAAUUGCCCCAAUUAAUUAUUGCUUUGGUCUCUUCCUUGUUGGGCUAAGCAACAGUCUCCUGGAAAUGGUGAGAGUUUGAGUUAGUCAUUAAACAAGAUAGUAAAAGAUGUAUCGACAACACUCCUUCAAAUUAACAGUGACAGUAGGACAGGCUCAGCCUGACGUUAGGUAACAUUAGAAUGAGCAUCCAAGAAGUUCUUUACACUAAAAAUGGUUUGUGGGUGUAGGGUAAAGUGUGCAUAAAUCAUUUAAUCAGCUGCCAGGUUCUGAGAAUUGGGAACCUUUCUGGCUGGAUGAAUAAAGAUGGUCUUAAAGAUCCUUCUCAUUGUUUUGAAAGCCUAAUUAGAAGGAAAAUAGUUUUAUCUUUAUACAAGGACCUGCCAUAGUGUUUUAAAAGAAAUGUACUAAACAACUGCCAACUUUCUUUCAGAGCAGUCCAACGAACUAACUGAAUGAGUGACUGUUGGAGUUGGAGGAAGAAAUGUUGAGUAGGAAUUAGGAGAGUUUCCUUCUCUUUCAGUAGUGUCAAUGAAUAUGUAGCCAAUACCUGAGCAGGCAGUUCGGACCUGAAUUUCAUGCCUGGUGCUGAACGAAUUGAACUACCUGCAAUAGUGCAGCAUUCCCUCAAUGUUUCACUGUCAAAGUCUACAAGGGGUUUCAAAUUCGCAAUCUUCUGCGUCAAGAAUGAGAGCUACCCAUUGGAGCAAAAGCAGGCACUUAAAAUGAAUAUUUGAGAUACUUUUUUUUAUGUUUCUAAUCUAAUCUAUAUUUCUAAUCAACCUGCUCAGUGAUUUUAUUACACACAUCUGGAGCAGAUGGGACUCGAACCCAGGCCUCCCAGUGUAGGAGUAUUGACACUAUCACUGUGCCACAAGAGGUUAAAUAACUUGAUUAGAAUCAUCCAUGAAUUUAAUUUGUAUUUAAUUAGUUAGUUAAAAGUCUCAACCUAGCCGUACAGAUGUAAUAUAAAUUUCACUUUACGCUUAAGUGGCAUGGAUCUGUUUUACACAGUUUAAUUUUGAUAUAUUAUUAAAAAUUUAAUCAGUAUUAUGUGGCUCAUGAAGUUAUGGCCUAGAACAACCUUUUACUGAGCAGUUCAUCCUCAAUAAGAAAAUGAAGUCAUUUCACUACCUUUGUUCAACCUUCUUCCGAUUUUGAAAAUCAUGUUUUAUAUUGGAGUGUAGGUUUUCAAAAAAAAAAUAGGCUGAAAAUUUUGUAAAGGAAUCAUUUCUUUGGGCUGGAUGGAGAACCUACUUGUAAAUUUACAGUAUUAAUUGAAAAUUUGCUGGCCCCUCCAAAUUUCACCCUUGAGCAACAAAAACAAAAAUUGCAGCAAAAGCUCAGUAGGUCCGGCAGCAUCUGGGGAGACAAAUCAGAGUUAACAUUGUGGGACGAGUGGCCUUCCUCAGAACUGAGAAAGGGUCACUUGACCCAAAACAUUAAUUCUGAUUUCUCUCCACUGAUGCUGCCGGACCUGCUGAAUUUUUCCAGCAUUUUCUUUUUUGUUUCUGAUUCUGUAGUUCUUUUGGUUUUUAUUCAGCUCUGAGCAAUGUGCAGUCAUUAACAACUGCUGAUUAAGUCAUACUCCCUGGCUGGACUGCAGUGCUUGUAGAUUCCUGUUGAGCUGGCAGUUACAAAUGUUUAAAACCACCUAGAAUGUGUGAAAGAUGAUGGGAUAGGGUGUCAAGUAGAGAAAAAAUUCUAAAAUACACUUCAGUGUUUUGCAUUGUUUUAUGAGGAAGGAGAAUAAUCUGGCAGUGAAAUAUGCAGUAAUAUUGCUCCUCUAUUUCUUCCAGAUCCAGUGUUUACUAUGGUCAGUUUGAGUUGCAUCAUGUAUUUUAAUUAAGCCAUUUCGUUGAUGAGCUGAUGAAUUCAUUUGCAGUUGGUACCAAGUGCAAAUGCUGUAUGUUUGAAUUCUCAGAGAGAAGAAUUUGGAUAUCUUGCAGCAGUAACAUGGACAGGGUGACAGGUAACAUACAGCAAUAUGCAGUUAACCUCUUAAGUCACUGACUGAAUCUCAUACUCAGGUCACAUCUCCAGUCUCAGGGUAGUGCUGUCAAAUAGGUCAGCUACUGAUUUGUAAUGAUGGAUUCCUACUAAAAUUGAGGACUUUUGUACAGUUUGACUGCAUAUGAUGCAGAAAUAAAAAUGAUCAAAGCUAUCCUGGAUUAGCCCAGGUCACACUGCUCAAGCAGGGAAUGGAUUGGAAAAGGAAAAACUCUUGCUGUAUUUUAUGUGCUCAAUUAGACAAAACCAUGUCAAUAGAUUAAAUAUAGAUUAUUUUGGAACGAG